AAAACCCCUACAUCGCUUUAUUUGCGUCGUUUAAAAAACAACAAAAAUAAUAAUUCACGUGUUUGCCCAAGUCGGGCUCAAAAGCCUUCGUUUGUGUGUUGAAUUAAUUAAUUUUUGUGAUAAUUGUAUUUGUAAUUGCGUGGUUUGUCUUAGUGUUGUUAAAUGCGUAGCAGGCCGUGAACUUUGCUCAGCAAAUGGCUGUCAAAAAGUCRCACCAUGUUGUGAAGAAAUAAAAACAAUAAUAAUUUCGAUUGCGUAACGGUGUUGCGAAAUGCAGAAAUAAUCCCAAAAUUGUGUGAGUCCCGAAUGCGUGAAAAGACGUGAAAAUGCCUGCCCCUAAGCAGAGGAAAAUCGCUUUGAUGGGCUACCGCUCGGUGGGAAAGUCCUCAUUGAGCAUGCAAUUCGUGGAGGGCAAGUUCUUGGAAUCCUACGACCCAACGAUCGAAAACACGUUCAAGAAAUCCCUCAGGAUUAAUUCCACUGAUUACGAGUUGAUCCUCGUGGACACUACGGGCCAGGACGAGUUCUCGAUGUUCCCUUCGCAGUACAGUCUGGAUGUCCACGGCUACGUCCUUGUAUACAGCAUAGAAAACAUGAAGUCGUUUGAAGUAGUCUCGGCCCUGUACAACAAGCUCGUCGACAUCACAGGGAAGACUUAUUUUCCCUCAGUUUUGGUGGGGAACAAGUCUGACAUGUUUCAGUGUCGGGAGGUUUCAGCUGAAGAGGGGCGAAAGCUGGCAGAAAAGUGGAAAGCCACGUUUCUGGAGACCUCCGCCAAGCACAACAUCGCCGUGGCUCAAGUGUUCCAAACGCUGCUCAACGAUAUUGAAAGGGCCGACGGCAACGAGAAGCCCAGUUGUAGCAUCAACUGAUUUAGCUAAUUCAAAGACUGUUGUUAUAUUUUUAAAGUGGCAUAGUUUUCUAUCUAUUUUUUAUAUAUACACUAAUCUGGUCUGUGUUGAGGUGCACAACUGUGAGAUUUGUCUAUUAACCAUUUUUUUUUUCUUUAGGUUUAAGCGUAAGUGAUGUAGAUUUUUAAGAUAAAGAUCCCCAAGAUUCUAUUGAAUUAUCUAUUGAGAACGUGUUGUACAAAAUCAUAUUUUCGAAGGUUUAGCACCAUUUGGGGGUGAAUUAUUUAUAGAUUUUAAGUGUUAGCUCUGUUUGUAUUUAUUUCCUUUAAUUGUAAGUAAGUGAAUUUUUUACGGUUUGAGGUUUGACGUGCAAUUUUCGGGACCUCAAAUUUACAAAUUUCCCAGUGCUUUGCUUUUGUUCAAGUCGUCCAUAGAUUUAAAUCGUGAGGGCCGGGAUUUGGACGACUUUGUGCAAAAAUGCAAAUUUCUAAUUACUUUUUUGUAUAAAUACAUAUAAUUUUCAUCUGUUGUUGUGGUGUAAACUUAAUUGUUUGUAUUGAUGUAUGAAAUACAGAUAUAAAUGAAUUGGAUACUUUA